CGCUCAGUCGCGCCUUGAGCGCGGAGCGGCCGGAGAGGAAAAGGGGAAGCUCCGCGCCUAGGGCUCCGUGAGGCGCCGGUUCCCCGGUGGGGUUAAAGCUCCCCGCUCUCUCAACCCUUCCGUGAAGGGGUCGGUUCCGAGCAGUCGGAGCGGCGCGAGGCCGCGGCCCCACCGGCGCCAUGCACGGCGGGCCGCCCUCGGGCGACAGCGCCUGCCCGCUGCGCACCAUCAAACGAGUCCAGUUCGGGAUCCUCAGCCCCGAUGAGAUGAAACGGAUGUCGGUGACUGAGGGGGGCAUCAAGUACCCCGAAACCACCGAGGGGGGACGCCCCAAACUGGGGGGGCUCAUGGACCCCCGGCAGGGCGUCAUCGAGAGGACGGGGCGCUGCCAGACCUGUGCUGGGAACAUGACGGAGUGUCCGGGCCACUUUGGCCACAUCGAGCUGGCCAAGCCCGUGUUCCACGUGGGAUUUUUGGGCAAAACCAUGAAAAUCCUGCGCUGCGUCUGCUUCUUCUGCUCCAAGCUGCUCGUGGACUCGAACAACCCCAAAAUCAAGGACAUCCUGGGCAAGUCCAAGGGGCAGCCCAAGAAGAGGCUGACCCACGUCUACGACCUGUGCAAGGGCAAGAACAUCUGCGAGGGGGGCGAGGAGAUGGACCACAAGUUUGGGGUGGAGCAGCCCGAAGGCGACGAGGACCUCACCAAGGAGAAGGGCCACGGCGGCUGCGGGCGCUACCAGCCGCGCAUCCGCCGCUCGGGGCUGGAGCUGUACGCCGAGUGGAAGCACGUCAACGAGGACUCCCAGGAGAAGAAGAUCCUGCUGAGCCCCGAGCGCGUGCACGAGAUCUUCAAGCGCAUCUCGGACGAGGAGUGCUUCGUGCUGGGCAUGGACCCCAAAUUCGCCCGGCCCGAGUGGAUGGUGUGUCCCCAAGUCAUCGCCGAGGACGUCAAGGUGCUGCAGUUUCACGUGGCCACCAUGGUGGAUAAGGAGCUGCCCAGCCUCCCCCAGGCCAUGCAGAAGUCGGGGCGCCCCCUCAAGUCCCUGAAGCAGCGGCUGAAGGGGAAGGAGGGUCGGGUUCGGGGCAACCUGAUGGGGAAACGCGUGGAUUUCUCCGCCCGCACCGUCAUCACCCCCGACCCCAACCUGGCCAUCGACCAGGUGGGCGUGCCGCGCUCCAUCGCCGCCAACAUGACCUUCGCCGAGAUCGUCACCCCCUUCAACAUCGACAGGCUGCAGGAGCUGGUGCGCAGGGGGAACAGUCAGUACCCGGGGGCCAAGUACAUCAUCAGGGACAACGGGGACAGGAUCGACCUCCGCUUCCACCCCAAACCCAGCGACCUCCACCUGCAGAUCGGCUACAAGGUGGAGCGUCACAUGUGCGACGGGGACAUCGUCAUCUUCAACCGGCAGCCCACCCUGCACAAGAUGUCCAUGAUGGGCCACAGGGUCAGGAUCCUGCCCUGGUCCACCUUCCGUCUGAAUCUCAGUGUCACCACGCCCUACAACGCCGACUUUGACGGCGACGAGAUGAACCUGCACCUGCCUCAGUCGCUGGAGACGCGGGCGGAGAUCCAGGAGCUGGCCAUGGUGCCCCGGAUGAUCGUCACCCCCCAGAGCAACCGGCCCGUCAUGGGCAUCGUGCAGGACACGCUGACGGCCGUGCGCAAGUUCACCAAGAGGGACGUCUUCCUUGAGAGGGGUGAGGUGAUGAACCUGCUGAUGUUCCUGUCCACGUGGGAUGGCAAGGUGCCCCAGCCAGCCAUCCUGAAGCCGCGGCCGCUCUGGACAGGGAAGCAAAUCUUCUCCCUGAUCAUCCCUGGCCACAUCAACUGCAUCCGCACCCACAGCACCCACCCCGACGACGAGGACAGCGGCCCCUACAAGCACAUCUCCCCUGGGGACACCAAGGUGAUCGUGGAGAACGGAGAACUCAUCAUGGGCAUCCUGUGCAAGAAGUCCCUGGGGACGUCGGCCGGGUCCCUGGUGCACAUCUCCUACCUGGAGAUGGGCCACGACACCACGCGGCUCUUCUACAGCAACAUCCAGACUGUCAUCAACAACUGGCUGCUCAUCGAGGGUCACACCAUCGGCAUCGGGGACUCCAUCGCUGACGCCAAGACCUACCAGGACAUCCAGAACACCAUCAAGAAGGCCAAGCAGGAUGUCAUCGAGGUGAUCGAGAAGGCCCACAACAACGAGCUGGAGCCCACCCCAGGCAACACCUUGCGCCAGACCUUUGAGAACCAGGUGAACAGGAUCCUCAACGACGCCCGUGACAAGACCGGCUCCUCUGCCCAGAAAUCCCUGUCCGAGUACAACAACUUCAAAUCCAUGGUGGUCUCGGGGGCCAAGGGCUCCAAGAUCAACAUCUCCCAGGUGAUCGCGGUGGUGGGGCAGCAGAACGUGGAGGGCAAGCGGAUCCCGUUCGGCUUCAAGCACCGGACGCUGCCGCACUUCAUCAAGGACGACUACGGCCCCGAGAGCCGCGGCUUUGUGGAGAACUCCUACCUGGCCGGCCUCACCCCCACCGAGUUCUUCUUCCACGCCAUGGGUGGCCGCGAGGGCCUCAUCGACACGGCCGUGAAGACGGCCGAGACCGGUCAGUGUCCCCGGAACGUCACCGUGGGGCUUUCAGGAGUCCAAAAUUCCACCCAAGGGACCUCCAGCACCCCAAAAUUCCAAUUCCCCUUUUGGGGAUGCAUGGAGGUCCUCAGGGUCAUCUUCCCCACCAGGGACAGCAAGGUGGUGCUCCCCUGUAACCUGCUCCGCAUGAUCUGGAACGCGCAGAAGAUCUUCCACAUCAACUCCCGGCUGCCCUCGGACCUGCACCCGGUCAAGGUGGUGGAGGGGGUGAAGGAGCUGAGCCGCAAGCUGGUGAUCGUCAACGGGGAGGACCCGCUGAGCCGGCAGGCGCAGGAGAACGCGACGCUGCUCUUCAACAUCCACCUGCGCUCCACGCUCUGCAGCCGCCGCAUGGUGGAGGAGUUCCGGCUCAGCGGGGAGGCCUUCGACUGGCUGCUGGGCGAGAUCGAGUCCAAGUUCAACCAGGCCAUCGCCCACCCCGGUGAGAUGGUGGGCGCGCUGGCCGCGCAGUCCCUGGGCGAGCCGGCCACGCAGAUGACCCUCAACACCUUCCACUACGCGGGGGUGUCGGCCAAGAACGUCACCCUGGGCGUCCCCCGCCUCAAGGAGCUCAUCAACAUCUCCAAGAAGCCCAAGACGCCGUCACUCACCGUGUUCCUGCUGGGCCAGAGCGCCCGCGACGCCGAGCGUGCCAAGGACAUCCUGUGCCGCCUGGAGCACACCACGCUGCGCAAGGUGACGGCCAACACCGCCAUCUACUACGACCCCAACCCUCAGAGCACGGUGGUGGCCGAGGACCAGGAGUGGGUCAACGUCUACUACGAGAUGCCCGACUUCGACGUCAGCCGCAUCUCGCCGUGGCUGCUGCGCGUCGAGCUGGACCGCAAGCACAUGACCGACCGCAAGCUGACCAUGGAGCAGAUCGCCGAGAAGAUCAACGCCGGCUUUGGUGACGACCUCAACUGCAUCUUCAACGACGACAACGCCGAGAAGCUGGUGCUGCGCAUCCGCAUCAUGAACAGCGACGAGAACAAGAUGCAGGAGGAGGAGGAGGUGGUGGACAAGAUGGACGACGACGUCUUCCUGCGCUGCAUCGAGUCCAACAUGCUGACGGACAUGACCCUGCAGGGCAUCGAGCAGAUCAGCAAGGUGUACAUGCACCUGCCGCAGACGGACAACAAGAAGAAGAUCAUCAUCACCGAGGACGGGGAGUUCAAGGCUCUCCAGGAGUGGAUCCUGGAGACCGACGGCGUCAGCCUCAUGCGGGUGCUGAGCGAGAAGGACGUGGACCCCGUGCGCACCACCUCCAACGACAUCGUGGAGAUCUUCACCGUUCUGGGGAUCGAGGCGGUGCGGAAGGCGCUGGAGCGGGAGCUCUACCACGUCAUCUCCUUCGACGGCUCCUACGUCAACUACCGGCACCUGGCGCUGCUGUGCGACACCAUGACGUCCCGGGGACACCUGAUGGCCAUCACCCGGCACGGCGUCAACCGCCAGGACACCGGGCCCCUCAUGAAGUGCUCCUUCGAGGAGACGGUCGAUGUCCUGAUGGAAGCAGCUGCCCACGGGGAGAGUGACCCCAUGAAGGGCGUGUCCGAGAACAUCAUGCUGGGCCAGCUGGCCCCGGCCGGCACCGGCUGCUUCGAUCUCCUGCUGGACGCCGAGAAGUGCAAGCACGGCAUGGAGAUCCCCAGCGCCCUGCCCGGCCUCGGCGUCGGCGGCUCCACCGGGAUGUUCUUCGGCUCGGCCCCCAGCCCCAUGGGGGGGAUGUCCCCAGCCAUGACCCCCUGGAACCAGGGGGCCACCCCGGCCUACGGCGCCUGGUCCCCCAGCGUGGGCAGCGGCAUGACCCCGGGCGGGGCCGGGUUCUCCCCCAGCGCCGCCUCCGACGCCUCCGGGUUCAGCCCCGGCUACUCCCCGGCCUGGUCACCCACGCCCGGCUCGCCGGGGUCACCCGGCCCCUCCAGCCCCUACAUCCCCUCCCCCGGUGAGUACAGCCCCAAAAACACCCCAAAAUACCCUGAACUCAAAUAAUGCAAAACACCCUGUAACCCCUAACACCAUCCCAUAACACCCCAAAACAGUCCCAUAACACCCCCUCACUGAGCCCCACAACACCCAAACAACACCCCAAAGGGACCCCCAAAACCUCCAACAGCCCCACAACACCCGAACAACAUCUCAAAGGGCCUCACAACACUCUACAACACCCCAACACCACCUCAAAGGGACCCCCAACACCUCCAACACCUGAUUAACACCUCAAAGGGACCCCCAACACCCCAACACUCCAACAGCCCCACAACACCUGAACAACAUUUCAAAGGGCCUCACAACCCUCUACAACACCUCAACCACCCCCCCAUCACCCUCCUGACCUCCUGUCCCCUCUCCGCAGGUGGGGCCAUGUCCCCCAGCUACAGCCCGACGUCCCCCGCCUACGAGCCGCGGUCGCCGGGGGGCUACACCCCACAGAGCCCCAGCUACAGCCCCACUUCUCCCAGUUACAGCCCCACCUCCCCCAGUUACAGCCCCACCUCACCCAACUACAGCCCAACCUCUCCCAGUUACAGCCCCACCUCUCCCAGUUACAGCCCCACCUCGCCAAGUUACAGCCCCACUUCACCCAGUUACAGCCCCACGUCCCCAAGCUACAGCCCGACCUCCCCCAGUUACAGCCCCACCUCGCCCAGCUACAGCCCGACAUCGCCGAGUUACAGCCCGACGCCCAGCUCCCCCGAGUACACCCCGACCUCGCCCAAGUACAGCCCCACGUCCCCCAAGUACAGCCCCACGUCACCCAAGUACAGCCCCACCUCGCCCACCUACAGCCCCACCUCGCCCGUCUACACCCCGACGUCGCCCAAGUACAGCCCCACCUCGCCCACCUACAGCCCCACGUCGCCCAAGUACAGCCCCACGUCCCCCACCUACAGCCCCACGUCGCCCAAGGGCUCCACGUACAGCCCCACGUCCCCUGGCUACAGCCCCACGUCGCCCACCUACAGCCUCACCAGCCCGGCCAUCAGCCCCGACGACAGCGACGACGACAACUGAGGGUCAGCCUGUGGGGACGGGGGUGGCACCCCCCAAAAAAACCCCUCAGGCCAUGGGGGUGACCCCCAGAUCCAUGUGGGGAUGGGGUUGUUGUUGCACCCCAAAAACCUCAUGUGGAUACGGGGACGGGGUUGUAGUCACCCCCAAAC